GAGCCGCUGGGGAAUUAAUAUAUUGAUGCGUACGGGAAGGAAUUUCCACGAAGUUUUCUCACAAAACCGAUCGACACCCAAACAUCCUAUUAAACACCAUUAACAUAUAUUUCCAAGAACAUCAUGGGCGACUCAGCUUCAGCACCGAUACCAGUUGUCCUCUGCGGCAAAGCCGAAGUCGUCGGUAGGCAAGUCGUGGAAGGCUUGAAACCCGAUAUCGACGUGAUCCUAUUUUGCCAAGGCAGCAAGCCCACAGCCGCCGAGGUGCCUUACAUCCUGCAGGGCCGCGCGCCCCCGACGCAGAGCAGCUACAUCGGGUCCGGAACCUACGCGACGCUUCCGAAAGCGGUGAUCAUGGGCAUGGCGUGGAACGCGGACGACGUAGCGCUGGUGAAGGCGGCGAUCGAGAGCGUCGGCUUGCCGGCCGGUUCCGCGCCCGUGAUCCUGCGCAACGACACCAGCGUGCCGACGCCGCAGCCGCCCGACCCUGAAUACGGGGUGCAGCUGAUGCGCCGCAUACGCUUGGCCGUGGGCAAGCUGGUGCGCGGCGAGAAGCUGCACGGGCCUGAGGAGGGCGUUGUGUGGUAUUAAAUCGGCAGACUUAGAACCUAUUAACUUCGCGACCCUCGCGCUUGAUUUUCAAGGGUACCUAGACUGGAUUGAUGGCACAGUUGAGAGGAUGCAUGGCACUUAUCACAAACGAAGAGCAAUAAUAUUAAUCGAAGUAUUUGUU